AUGUUACGCGCCCUAUCCGACAUCCCGAUCCACACCCACCACCCUCAACUCUACUUCCCUGACGGCGACAUCGUAGUGCGGUGUAGGAAUCGGGACAGAGAGGAUAGUUUCACCUAUUUCUGCGUGCAUCGGGCUGUUCUGGAGAAGUCGGAACUGUUGAGGAACGUGUUGGCGAUUCCUCACCCUGAUGAUACCCAGAUGUAUUAUGACAACCUCCCGAUGAUUAAUAGUGUGGAUGACCCCCGGGAUGUGGCUGUUGUGUUGAAGUAUAGUUAUGACCCUAGCCAGAGUCCAGUGCACGAAGAGGAUGUUGAUGUAGCCUACAGGCUCUACGGCGUGCUCGAAAUGGCGGACAAGUUCCUCCUCGAAGACCUCAAAUCCAUGAUCCUCGAACACAUCCAACGCGACUGGCCAACCACACUCGAAGCCUGGGACGAGCGCGAACGGCUCUUCUACACCCGCUGGGAGUCUCAGCCUCACAAAGCGAUGGACUUCCACGCGCCCGAACCUGCUUCUGUCAUCCGCGUCGCGCGGAGGUUCAACUUGCGAUCUAUACUCCCUAUCGCGUUUUACCACCUCUCGAGGACGGCGGUGGAUACGGCUUACCCGAACCAUUCGAAGGAGGUGUUGAAGUUGGCGGAUUAUAGUGCGAGGAGUGCGAGGGUUGAGUUGUUGGGUGUUGAGGAUCGGUUUAAGGCGUUGGCGGGGAGGGAGAGGAUGUUUGGGUGGAUUGGGAUGCAGAUUGAGAAUUUGGGGAUUGAGGAGAGGUGGGGGUCUCAGUGUCCGCUUGUCUCAUCUGCCACGGAGGGCGGAGAUGAGGAUGGUGGUGGAGAGGUGAAAAGACAUUGUUACGACAAUGUCGUGUUGAGGUUGUUGACUAUCCAGACCAAUAUUUUGGCGAAUUGGGACCCGUUGAAGACACUCAAGAGUAACUUUGGGGCUCUGGAGGAAGAGGGAGCUGGGAGUAACGGCGGUGCAGGUGCGAGUAGGGUCGGGAGUGAUAGCUUGUGUGCGAGGUGUAGGAAAGAGUGGGACGAAUGGGUUGGGGCGACUAGGCAGAGGCUCUUUGAUUCGCUUACUGAUUUCUUUUUGGAUCUUUGAUCUUAGAUGGCGUGCUGUCGUUCUGAAUAAGCUACAGGCAUUUUUGAGUACAAUUUACGGCACCUAGACGGUACUUUGCCAUUAAAUACCUGAGCGCGCUCCUUGAGCGCUUCAAUAGAAUAGGGGUAGAUUAGUCAUGUUUAUUGCCUCCGGAGACUAUCAUAAUUUCCGAAAUUCGCAGAAUUCGUUCUUCUC